ACAGCUGUACUAUUUAUAUUUCAUCGUUUAGUAUUUUUGAGAGAAUUACACGGAUUUUGAGAGUAAAUCUGACUAUGAUCCUUAAUAAUCGUUAAGAGUCGAUCAUAAAUCAUCGUUUGUGUAUAUCUCUAGUCUUAUCAGUAUUAUUUUCGCUCCAUAUUUCGCAAGAGCGAUAAAACUUCGAGUCCAUAUGAAGAUUGAAGACAAAAUGGCUGACGAUGUUCAAGACACAGAAAUGACUGAAGAUGUUGACUUUGUACCUGAAUAUCACAACGAAUCCUGCUGCUUAUCUAUUACUAAUGUACCUAGCACUGUGUUUGAAAACCAAGAUUUAAAGGUCGAGUUCAACCAGCUGUUCCUGGCAUUUGAUGAAGCAGCUACAGUAUCAUACUUUAAGAGCUUCCGUCGUGUCAGAGUUACGUUUAGUAGCAGUGAACUUGCUAGUGAAGCAAAGCUUGUUCUGCAUGGAUGUAAAUAUAGAGGGACUGAACUAGGGGUCUACUUUGUACAGAGUAAUCCAUGUUCAUCUAGUGGUGAAUCAUCGCAGCUUAAACCUCCUCCCUUAACAAAGCAGUUUCUCAUAUCUCCACCACCAUCUCCUCCAGUUGGCUGGGAACAAACACAUGAAGCAAGUCCUAUAAUCAAUUACGACCUACUUACGGCAGUAGCAGCCCUAGACAAAUCUGAGCCAUAUGAGUUGCACCCCCCUGAUACCGAUGCUCCUAGUAUUGUUGUUCAUUUGUGUGAUGAGGAGGAGGAAGUUGAAGUUAUGGAUGAAGAUGGAGAGAAACCAUUCCAUCCAUUGAAAUGCUUACCAAGAGAAGCUGUACAGACACGCCGACCCAAUAAUUAUAGCUAAUGAUAUAAUUGUCAUAGAUUUUGAUGUAUAUUGCAGAAUACUAGUGUAACAUCCUGUUACAAGACUUAUAAAACAUACAGAGUUCUUAACAGGAUGGAUUGAAUUUUGAAGUUAUUUAAACUCAUCUCAAAAAUUUAGAGGCUUCCAAUUGAAACUUCAUGGUUAGGAAUGGCUACAGCCUAGAGAUGUCUGAAAGAUCUUACCAUUGUCUUAAAAGACUUGCCAGUUAUGGUAUUCUUCGAUUGCACAUUACGUCAUUGCGGCCAUGUUGUUGCCAUUUGAAAAAAAGAUUUCUCAUUAGCAUCAGUUGUUAAUAGCACCACAAUGGCUGCCAUGUUUUUGUCUUUUGACUCCCUUGAGAAUGCUUGCAACCCAUCAGUACCAAUAAAAAAAAUCUUAGCAAAGUUACUGUUGUUAGCAGUGAAUAUUUUAUGUGAAUGAAUGUGAAUAUUAUAUGAUAACUUGUUAAAACUACUGUAUUAGAGUACAAAUACUAAAUGUGUGAAAUAGUUAUCACUAUUUAGUAGUUAAUAGCACUAAUUAAACAAAAGAAAACAAUAGAAUAAGCAUGAGAUAACAGUACUAUUUAGUGAUAUUUAUGUUGCACACWUUUAGUGUUUGUACUCUAGUGUUUGCUGGAAUCCCAAAUAUAUUAAGGUAUAAAUUAUGAAGCUUCAAUGAUUUUUGUUUUCACAUAUCUAGUUCAAUAAUAAAGUAUUUUGACAUUAAGGGUGUGAAAAAUAAUAAAAUCCAAAAAA